ACAUUGCUUUCGGACUGCAACACCGAAGUAUCCACACCUCGGUUUAGAAUCCGACUUGUGGGUUAUAGACAGCAGGGCUAUGAGCACCUAUGUGUAUGCUCUUUUGGUCAGAUCAUAGCAAUCAUUGUCGCAUCACGGUUUCGGAACUGAAAGCGAACGAGCCCAAUGUGGCUGGUUGGAGGGAGACCGUCACGGAUCUCACUACGGAGCAGCUGGUGGUGCCGCCCAGGCCAGCCAUUUGAACUUGUCAAAGUCCGGCUCCAAACCCAGAACGGAGGCAAUGCUUUCUCGACCGCUCGCAAUAUCUGGGGCCAAAGAAGGGCCUUUGGCAUUUUACAAAAUGCAACCCUAUCCUUACCGCAAUACUACCUCGCCGGUGCAGGAGCCGGAGUAGCCACCAGCAUCAUCUCGGGUCCAGUAGAACACAUCCGUAUCCGCCUGCAGACCCAACCACACGGCGCAACCAGGAUAUACAACGGCCCUUGGGACUACGCUCUCAAGCUCCUCCGCACCGCCGGCAUCCGCGGUAUCUAUCGAGGACAGGCGGCGACUCUCCUCCGAGAAAUCCACGGCUACGGAGUAUGGUUUGCAGCGUACGAGGGCCUCAUGGCAAUCUGUGGAGGGCUUGCAGGGGAGGCGCUCUGGCUCCUGAGUCACCCAUUGGACGUGAUCAAGAGCAAGAUGCAAAGCGAUGGAUUUGGGGCCGAGGAGAAAUACCGCACCUUGAGAGUCGCUUUUCGGCAUACUUGGGCCACAGGGGGCUUGGUUUACGGCCUCGGACCGGCUCUUCUUCGGGCUAUGCCUGUGAGCGCGGGCACGUUUGCUACGUAA